AACGCUCAACUCCAGUACAUUUCGUAGUCUCGCCCGCGUGGCCGCCUAUUGGACGCGGCAGGAACGCAACUUCGAAACUAGUUCGCCAGUUCGUAAUUCAAAUUUCGAAUGUAAUUUAAAUAUUGGAAUAACAACAUGUGGAAUGUUCUUAUUUUUAUUUUUUGAGAUUGAUAUUUUAUUUUGUGCCAGUGUUGUGCAAGUUUUAAAACUUUUUAUCGAUAGUUGAACGAGUAAUUAAUUAUGAUUAGUAAAUAUUAAAGAUAAAUUUAGCUGAAGGUUGCAUAGUAUGAUUUAUGAUGUAGAGGCGUCAGAACGGAAAAUUUUAAUUAGUCUUCAUUAACAGAGAUCAGGGUCGCAGCUAUGACAUUAAAUGUCUCAGUCCCAGAACAGAACUCCACUGACAGCGAAUACACUCCAUACGAGGACCGCCUGGAGACGUACCUGGUUCCAGUCCUUUUCGCCAUCAUCUUCAUCGUGGGAGUUCUGGGCAAUGGCACCUUGGUCAUCGUGUACGUGAGGCACAGGGGGAUGAGAAAUGCCCCUAACACGUACAUCUUCUCGCUCGCUCUAGCAGACUUACUCGUCAUCUUGAUCUGCGUGCCAUUCGUCUCCAUAAUCUACACGCUCGAGUCCUGGCCUUGGGGCGAGCUCAUUUGCAGGAUAUCCGAAGCAGCCAAGGACGUUAGCAUUGGAGUGUCAGUGUUCACACUGACUGCUUUAUCGGCAGAACGAUAUUGCGCCAUUGUCAACCCGUUCCGAAAAUUGCAGCUCCGAAAACUACCCCUUGUGUGCGCCACAUUCAUAUGGGGGGCGGCUCUUAUCUUCGCAACGCCGGCAGCCGUUUUCUCCAACACAGCUACAGUGCAGCUACAAGACAACAUCACUAUUGUUUACUGCACCCCGUACCCGCCUGGCUGGGAGAAUUAUCCUAAAUGGAUGGCCCUAGCGAAAGCGGUCAUAUAUUACGGUCUGCCACUUCUAGUAAUCGCGUCGUUCUACACCCUGAUGGCUCAGCGGCUGCUGGCGAGCACCAAGGAGAUGCCUGGUGCGUUCCACGGGGGCCAGGGGGAGGCUCAGGCUAAGGCCAGGAAGUCUGUAGCUUGUAUGGUGCUCAUAUUUGUUAUUGUGUUCUUCAUUUGCUUUCUGCCGUACCACGUUUUCGAGAUGUGGUAUCACCUAUCGCCGACUGCUCAAACUGACUACAAUGAUUGGACACAUGCUUUGAGGAUCAUAGGAUUUUGUCUCAGUUUCCUAAACUCCUGCGUGAACCCAGUGGCUUUAUACUGCGUGAGUGGCGUCUUCCGUCAGCAUUUCAACCGCUACCUAUGUUGUCGUCGAGGUUCCCUCCACCCCACCUGCAGCUCGCGUCUCUCCCGGACCGCCAUCUGCGAGACUUCCUUCAGGAGCACCCACAGACACCGCUGCACCAGGAACCCGACAGAAAGCGUAGUGAUAUCCAACUACGACUACGGAAGUACUAAGAAGAAGAGCAACCUUAUCAACAGAAGCAGCACCGACGGAGUCACCAUCAUGACCAUCCGAGACACCAACGACUUCCUCACAGACGUUGAUGAGAAGUGCAUCAACAGAUAGACAUAUUUACUUUGAAACGAGAAAAGACAAUCUGAUUUUCGGAAUUGGAAGCUUUAAUUGUUUUUCUUUAUUAUUGGAUACAUGUAUUUUUUUUACCCGGACUGUAGUAUUUGUAUAAUAUUAGGUAGCUAUUUUGAAACUAAUUUAAGACUGUUAUUAAUAAUAUAACAGCAGCGCGAAAGACUUUCAUAGAAAGACUAAAAGUUUGCCAUCAGAUAUUACAGAAAGAGGUAAAGAAAUGUAUGUUCAAGAUAUAUUCUUAUGUUACUUCGAAUUAUACUAUGGCGGGCUAAGAUAUUUUUUUAUUUUUGUUUCUUUGAGAAUGUACCUAACUAUAAGUACCUAUAUAUAUAUUAUUUAAAAAUAUGUUAUAAUUUGUAGUAAGUCGUUGUAAAUGUUAAAUGUCUCCAGACAAAAUCUUGAAACUAAAAAUUAUACCUUUGGGGCAAUGAAAAUGAAAUUGAAAUAUAUGGUUUGUUCCAUUUUGUACCAAGUUUUGGAAUACUUAUUCUCAUUUCCAUUUAUAUUAAUAGAAAAAUCAACAUUUUGAUAAUGUAUACAAUAUGGAAUUAAUUACAAAUAUUGUUUUAAUAGUAUUUAAUAUUGAAAUGAAUACAGUGAAUAUCUAAACAAUUGUGUACAAUUUUGAAGUUCAAAAAGAGAUGGAUUGCGUCAAAGAAUGGGAAUGUGAAGUGAAAUGCAAAAUGAUGAAAAUGAAAUUGAGGCAAAUGAUAGAAUGAAAUAGAAAUAAUUAUACCAACUGCAAAAAAGUAUUUAGAAUGAUGAAAGAAGCGUACCGCAAACCUAAAUUGUAAGUCUAUGGUAUAUAUGGUAAAGUAUCAAUAUUUCGUAGCUAAAAUUCACCAAAAUAUGCAUUUAUCCAAACUAACGUUCCAAGUGUAAGAGUUAAAAAUGUUUUCCUCGUUGGGAAAGUAUAUUCAUUUAUUUCAUUACAUUACAAUCGUAUUGAAAAUUACAUUAUACUACACUUUAAAAUUACAAACGGAAUAAAGUGGAACAUAAAUUCAAAAAUAAUUAAUUCGUACUUCACCAUCGAAAUAUUCGAAUGUCAUUUUAAAGGUCAAGACUAGAAGAAGAUGUAUUAGGAAUUUUGAGUCUUCUUUUCAUAUCAGAACUAAGUGGAACAAAUCAAAUUUUGAAACUGUGUUGAAGUUUGGAACUUGCACUUUAAACUUUAAGUUAUUCGGUGCAGUUAGUCCUCAAUCUAAGUUUUAUUACAGGGAUCUCAGUAGAAACUGAAUGUAAUUAUUUUCAUCGCUAAGUAUGUAAAUAUAGCAAAAUUUAUAAAUAAUAAUUUAUAUGUGUAAAGUUAUAGUUAAAACCGCGCUGCUCAUUUUAAGGUCUACCGAAGUCCUUCCUUAUCAAUAAGAUAAAUUGAUUCAUAAAAAUGUUGAUCUUAAUAAAAUUACAUAUACAUUUAUUUUUGUUCACGCUUUAAAAUGACAUAAUUCAGUAAAUGUCAUAUUUAUCUGAAUGAAAACAAAUUAUAAUAAUGUAACUCCAUAUAAUAGUUGUAAAUACAUAGGUAUAUUAAUAUUUAAUUCAUCGUUUAAAUUGAGACCAACCAAAUAUAUGAAGAUAUAAAAUAUAUGUUGCAUGUUAAAUGUAAAAAUAUGGAACGAAAUGUAUGUAAAUAAAAUGUUUAAAUAAUACACUCACAAAGAUUUUUAUAUAUAAUCAUGGUUUUCCAAAGAUUUGUUAACACUCCCGACUCGAAAAUAUUUUAUGUCCUCUAUAUUAUUAGAAUAAAAUUAGUUGUC